UGCUGUCAGCAAUAAAUUGGGUUAGGGGUUUUGAGUUCCCCCAAGGAACCUCUUAUGAUCAAAGGCUUCUAAUAAGAAAUAGAAACAGGAAAAUGCAUUAUUACAGAAGAAGAAGCUCCAUCUCCGACGGAUUCUUCCUCAGCCCUCUUCCAUACCCAGCUCUGGUAGUUUUGGCUGUGAUCCUCCUCCUGCUCAGCAUCCAAUGGUACGCUUCCUACGAGUCGGUGGUGGAGGCCACCGAAGAGAGCAUGGGAUGGGCUCUUCUGGCCGUUCCGCUGCUGCUCCUGCUUGUCGUCAAGUGGCUGUCGACCCUGGAAAACCCGGAGCGCCUGUUCUGCAAGUCGCCGUACGACCGCCGCCGAACAGCCCAGUGCUGCGGGCCCUCCGAGGGGAGCUCGCCGUGGGGGGUGGCCGCCGUGAUCUUGCUGGUUCUCUUGCUGCUCCAGUUCCAGUCCACCUUCCUUGACAGUUGGUUCUUUUAAUCCUUUCCAUACCAUACCAUACCAUACCGUACCGUAUGUGGGUUGUGGUUUUCCUAUUGUAGACGUCGUUAUGCAUUUAUGACUCGUAUGAGAUCCCAAUUGCCAUGGAUUUUGUCAAUAGGCGCAUAAAUCUUUGUGGGGAUAUAUAAAUUGUUGUCCAAAGUCUGUAACUAUGUUUAUAUGCAUGCUUAUAUAUACUAUCGUGAUGCUUAUUAAUAUA